AUGAACCCCCCCAUUGGAGGAUUUAUCAACACUGCUGCGCCGGGCACCCAGCCCCGGUCACUCUUUCAGGGUGGUGCAAUCUACCCCUUUAGCCUCGCACCGAACGCAAUUCAGGUCUCCGGAAUAGUCCAGGAUCCGGCCAGAAUCAUGGAAUUGCCCUCCAAUGACAUCUGGGACGAACCAACGGAAACUGAUUCCAGUCAAUCUCUCGAGCCCGGGGAGAUCUAUUUCGAGACACUGCCGGAAGAUGCUUCUUCCCUUCACUGCAACUGCUAUGCCCAAGCGUUCAGUGAAGUCGUUCGACAGGAAGAGGCAAAAGGGGAAAAUAGUAUAUUGCUCCACCUGGAAAGGGUGCAGCAACAGGGAGUGGUCAUCCUUCAAUGUCCAGUGUGCUGUGCUUCAAACUCCAGGGCUAGUAUUCUCACUUUAUUAGUGAUGGCAGUUGAGAAGGCGGCACGGGCGUUGAAGGAGGACAUCAGCCAGAUGCGCCGUUGGCUAUCUCAUUUGUCAAUAAUCGUCCGUUUCAUCCACCAAGACCUCCAGUGUGCUUCGCCUUCAAAAUGGCACAUACUGAUGGCGGAUGAGACAGAUCGUCAGCUGCAGUCGAUUAUUCGAAUCUUCGAGUGA